AUGGGAAAGGGAUGGACUGAAUCCAUUGUAAUAACUGUUACUAGACUUGAACUAGUGUCAGUGUUUUAUAUUGAUAUUUAUGGACGUAAAAAUAACGAAAUAGAUAUUGAUAUUUACGUGAGAGUGAAGACCCUUGAGAUCCUGAUCCUCGUCCUCGUGUCGACUUUAGCCUCGUUUAAGAGGAGAGAGACCUGGACGAGCGAAGGGGUUACUGUGGUAGCAGAUCGGAUAAUGCGGGCUUCCUUUAUUUUAUCGGGAAUCCUUACCGGCUGGUGGUGCAUCCUCACGCUCAUAGCGGCACCCCCAGCCAUCAGUUUACAACUUCGAACGGGACUGGACAACAAUUUUUAUCCAAGAACGAGCAAGUGGCUGUCGCUGAUCGGGACCGGGCUGAGACAGAGCCCGCAGCCAGAGGGCGAAUCCUUGUCUUCUGGGCUCGGGAGUUUCCCCUCGAGUCUCAGAGCCAGGUCCAGGGCCGGGAGGUCCAGCGCUGCCAGUGCCGGUCGCAACAAAAAGGACUCUAGGCGGGAGCAGCGAAAACGGUGCCGUCGAAAAAACGGAGCCCCUUGUCACUCUCGCAACUGGUGUCCGGAAAUUGACGUGGGGAACCGCGCGUACUUGGCGCCCACCGUCUUCGAGGGUAAGGUAAGAAGCAUGUCGUCCUCAAGGAGUCCCGGCUCGAAUUACGCGGUGACCUUUGAGGUCAAGCAGGUUUACAAGAGUCAGGCUGGGUUCCAGCCGCUUCGCAAGAAUGACAGUGUACGACUACAUUUUCGCGACAAAUCGGAUAAGAGAACAGGGGGAGGAGGAGGAGCUGGAGCUGGAGCUGGAGGCACUAGAGGAACAGGGGGAGGAGAAUCAGGUGGCAAGUCCUCGUUGUGUCGUAACGAGGGCACUAACGAGCACCAGCAGCUACACGAACUGCGUCAGCGUGAUGACAAUGCUCGAGUGGUACGCGCUGACAUUAAACGCGGUAAAGUGUAUCUAGUGUUUGUGAAUCGUGUGGGACCUAGAAACUUUACAAUCCUGGGUGAACCAGUGAUACGGAGCAAGAAAAACGAGCAGGCGGUACAGGCAGUCAUUCGACCCGAUUACGUAAACGCUCGAGCACGCCUGCUUACUCACGGUGUACCGAAUCGUAUAAGGGAAAAACGAGCAGCCGGAUUGGGCGAAGACCAGCGGGAUUCCGUCUCUCUCGAUCAUGUCGCUGCGUUGCCGUUUCAUUUCGUCGGUUCAUCUACUACGGAAGUACCGGUUAGAGAAGUUACGUUGACGGAGCUGAGGGACUCGGUGGCAAGAACGAGGGAGCGAGUUAAGCUUGUGUGCAGAACAAGAGGUUCGCCACCACCUAGAGUCCACUGGCUCAAGGACGGUGCGCCGCUGUAUCCACGACGGGGCCUGAGAAUUCAGCACAAACGAAGACGAUCCAAAGUGGUAAUCGCGUCAGCGCGCCCCGAAGACAGCGGUAGGUACGAGUGCGUUGCCCAAAGUACCUCCGGCUAUCGGGCCUCACUUGCGGCCCAACUUCUAGUCGUUAAUGACAUCAAGGUUCCUGAAACCACAACAGUUGCGUGGCCUAGACAAGAGCAACCGUGUCCUAUAGCAGGAGAUUUUUGUAUGAACGGCGGUACCUGUCUCUUCUUCGAGACCGUCGGCGAGCCAGCAUGCAGAUGCGCGGAGGGCUUUACCGGUCUACGAUGCGAGACCAAGGACGUAAUCAGCACCGGAAGUGUGUACAACCGUCAUAGAGCGCCAUUUUCAUGCAAGUUGGGUCUUUCGACCUCGUAUUACUGCUAA